AUGAAUAAAAAUAACGUUCCAAAGGUAUCGACGGCCGUCGUGGAACCGUACAACUCGGUACUGACUACGCAUACCACUCUCGAACAUUCUGACUGUGCGUUCAUGGUGGACAACGAAGCCAUCUACGACAUAUGCCGGCGGAACUUGGACAUCGAGCGUCCCACGUACACAAAUCUGAAUAGGCUGAUCGGACAGAUCGUGUCGUCCAUUACGGCGUCGCUGCGAUUCGACGGUGCGCUGAACGUCGACCUGACCGAGUUCCAGACGAACUUGGUGCCGUACCCGCGUAUACACUUCCCGCUGGCCACUUACGCACCGGUCAUAUCGGCCGAGAAGGCGUACCACGAGCAACUGUCCGUGGCUGAGAUUACCAAUGCGUGCUUCGAACCGGCAAACCAGAUGGUCAAGUGCGACCCACGACACGGCAAAACGCCGCAAUCGCCACCAUCAAGACCAAGCGGACCAUCGUGUUCGUCGACUGGUGCCCUACUGGGUUCAAGGUGGGUAUCAACUACCAGCCACCUACCGUGGUGCCGGGUGGUGAUCUGGCCAAGGUCCAGCGGGCCGUUUGCAUGUUAUCCAACACUACCGCUAUUGCCGAGGCAUGGGCCCGGCUCGAUCACAAGUUUGACCUCAUGUAUGCGAAACGGGCAUUCGUCCACUGGUACGUCGGUGAGGGCAUGGAGGAGGGCGAGUUUUCCGAGGCCAGAGAGGACUUGGCGGCGCUCGAGAAGGAUUACGAGGAGGUGGGCAUGGACUCCACCGAGGGCGAUGGUGAGGCCGGCGAAGAAGAGAUUUGACUUGAUAUUCCCUACCACCAACACAUUUCCUCAACCAGAAAUAAUUUCGUUGUUGUUGUUGUAAUGAUGUAAAUAUAUUUUCAUACGUGUCGUAGACAUAACAAAUA